UGUAGCGUAAGAGCACCAGUCUGUCAAGCGCCAUGCUCACACCGUUCCUUCGCAGGAAGGCUGAAAAUGCCGGAUCGUCGAUGCUAGGCCGCGAUACUAGCCAAUGACCGUCCGUCGCGGGAAGGGCUCGUUCAAGCGGCGGCGGAGAGUAUACGAGGCGCUAAGGAGUAAACAAGUGCAGAUUGCAAAGAGGGGGUGGAAUGUGGAUGCUGGACCCCAAGUUUUGUUGGCCGCCAUUCGUGAAGCCGGUGGAUAUUGGUCGCAUGCUACCGCGUGGUGUGGGCCUCGGAUUUCCUCAAGGCUGCAGCAGUCUAGCAGAAAAGACGUGCGGCUACAACAGAAGCGUGCUGUGACUGGCGGCCUUGAUGGAUGCGAUAGAGGGAACAGGAAAGCAGAGGGAAGGGGCGCCAAACCGAAUAAAUGAAUGAGUGGUCAGGAUGGUGUGCUUCUUGCUCCUUACCUGGGGUGCUGCGGCUCUCAGCCCCGCGGACGAAGCAAAGAGUCAGAGAGGGAGAGUCGGAGUCUGGCUGUUGCUCAGCUGAACUGGACGCGAACCCGCCGAGGGCAAGUCAUUCCGCCCUCCCAGCCUUGGCCGCCCAGUGACACACACUGAACUGACACUUUCACA